AACGCUCCUUAUUCCGUGUCCUCGACGGCACAUUCCACUCCUUUCCACUCUCCUCUUCUGAGACCCGAUCUGAUUCACUUCGUUAUUUAUCGGCCUGGUAUCCGGUUCCUCCGUCACGUUACAUACAAGGUCGAGUGCACCCAGCCGCCGACUGAACACGCUCCUUUCUCUCUGUCGACCGCGCUCCACGAACAUCGUCGAGCCUCUUGAGUUGCCUGUCUCGCCGACCGCAGCUGCGUCCGCCCUCUGCCCCUCGGUUCUCUUUGCCGGAUCCUCGAAAGCAGCGCUGCCCCAGACUGGUUCUGACGCACGCCCGAUAUAAAUCCUCCUCGACCGCCCGUUUGGAUUCCAGCCUUGUAUCGCUGCAUCAUCAACUCUCCAAGCAAGUUCAACUUGACAUCAACAACUCCAAGCAAAGAUCAUCCAGCUGUUCAACAUGAAGUCCGCCGUUCUUUUGGCCGCGGGUGCCCUGUUGGUCUCGGCCGUGCCCCUUGAGAAGCGAGUUAUGGAGACGGACUGGGUCACCGACAUUGUCACCGUCACCGUGACUGUCGACCCCAAUGCGAGCCCCUCUGCUACGCCAACCGCCGGUGGACCGUCUCCUCCUCCGGCUCCGGCUUCAUCCUCCAAGCCGGCUCCUUCUCUUCAGCCGGUCGUGGCCAAGCCUUCGCCUGCCCCGUCUUCCAAGCCAGCUCCGUCUCCUAAGCCUGCUCCCUCGUCUGCUGCGCCGGCGCCGGCUCCUGCUCCCUCCUCUGGUGGAAGCGACUACGGUUCCAUCAUGGUUGACCAGCACAACGUCCACCGUGCCAACCACUCCUCCCCCGCCCUUGAGUGGGACGACACUCUUGCUGGAUAUGCCCAGAUCACCGCUCAGGGCUGCGUGUUUGCCCAUGAUAUGAGCGAGGGUGGCGGUGGCUACGGCCAGAACCUUGCCAGCUGGGGCUCCACUGGCGACAUUGACGACAAGCAGCUUGAGGCUGCUCGCCGUGGCGUGACCGACCAGUGGUACAACGACGAAAUGGAGAACUGGACCUUCUACGGCCUCGCCAACCCUCCCUCGGGCACCAACCUGGACUCCUGGGGCCACUACACCCAGCUCAUCUGGAAGUCGUCCACCAAGGUCGGAUGCUACACCGCCAAGUGCCCUGCUGGCACCGUCCUCUCCAUGCAGUCUUGGUACACUGUCUGCAACUACAGCCCCCCAGGAAACUUUGGUGGCCGUUACGCUGAGAACGUUCUCAAGCCUCUGGGCCAGCCCACCGUCCGAAUCUAAGCGGAGACGGAGACUUCCAUCUGGCACUUGCCUCAUUCUCCUAUCCAUGCAGACUUUGUUGGGACUCGGUCGUAGCAAACGGUGGCGGUCGGGCUCCGGGGAAGGACGUAUGGCUAGGGUUUCGGACUAUCGAAACGUUUGACGAAAUCUCUUUUUCGCUU